AUUUAAGCUUCUUGGCUAUAGCUCACAUUUUUGAUUUUUUUUAAUGUUGGCAACACAUCGUUUAUUGCUUGAAAGUUGAAACACAUGCUUAAGUUUAAAUUUGGAAACAAAUGUUGACAGUUGUAGCCGUUAGAUGUUUUGAGUUCGGUACAUCAUUAAAAUUUGUAAUAUUUUUAACUUUAUGUUUUGUAAUAGAUAUUGUGAAAAAUAUGAAAUUGUGAUUGAAUUAGUUUAUUAAUAAGACUGGUGAUCGUAUUAAGUAUUAUUUAGAAAUAACUAUGGGGAGUAAUUAUAGUAAAUCAAACGCUGGCACGGAUGCAGUCGCGCAAAAAAACGACUUGGACAAGGACAUCAGCACUAACCCCGAUCCUCGAUCUCCUACGCCUGAAAUAGCCCGCACUCCGCUUCAGAAUAAAAAUGGAUCUAAGCAUAACAUUACUAAAAAUGUUGAUUUGCGGAAGACUUUCGAAAAUGGCAAAACAGAAGAAAAACUCAUAAAUAAUAAUCCCAUUCUUUCAGCGGUUAUAAAAAAUCACUUGCAGUCAUAUGAUCCACGGUCUCCAACGCAGGACUUUGAAAGAACACCAAUUGUUUUACCUUCUAAAGUUGAAGGUGAAGCUGAUAAAAAGGCACAUAAAGCUGAUGUAGAUAUUUUUGGUACUCCUUGUCUCAAUAAUGAUACGAACAAUAGUAAUUUAGACUCAUCCUGUAAUGGUUAUGAAAUAAAACCUACCUUACCAGUGCCCAAGAAUUUAUGUGAAGGAUUUUUUGAUUUGACAUUAAAUGACACACUGAAUGGAAAUGAGGAGCCACUAGUAUCUUCAACUGCUUCAAAUGAAGGUAUUGAAAAGAAUAUGUCCCACGAAUGUGCUAUACCUGCACAAGUCCUAGAAACAAACUUUGAUUAUGUAGAAAUUGAAUCUGAAAAGUUUGAAGACAGUCAGGAAGAUAUGAGUGAUAGCAAGGAUACCCAAAUAUUGGAAUGUCAAAUUAAAAAUGUUCAAUUAUAUAAAAUAAUCCAAGACGAUCCAAGAUCUCCAAGUAUUGGUAUAGAAAGAACUCCAAUAAUAGUACCUAAAGCAGAAGAUGCAAGUGAAGAAAAUGUAGAAGAAAUGUCAGAUGACUCGCUAAUGAAAGCACUACAGGCUACAAACUCUGAGCUGUGUGAAAAGGAAGUCCGAGAUGGAAUUUUAAUAUAUGAAGAUAAACUUGAACCUGUUAAAACACCUAAAAAAUCGAAAUCGACUAACAAUAAUGGAUCAAGGACCCCAUUGUCAUGUAUGAAAAACAAAACUGAUUCUACACAUGGCAGAUCUAAAUCAACUAAUACACUUUGUGAUUCAAAAGAGAAAGAAACUAAGUUACAAAAAAGAAUUUCUCAUAUACCACGUCUUAAAUCCCUGACAAAGCAACCAAAGUAUUUCUCUUCAGAAAGCAGUCAUUCAUUAAAAAGUAUUACCAAGACAGCAGCAGUAAGUGGUGAUUGUGAGAACACUCCACCUCACUCUCAUCGUGAUAGAUGGGACAAAGACAACAGCCUUGUUCUGUAAACUUAGAAUACUAUAGUUAAUCAUAUUGUAAUAAUUAGUUUUAGGUCUUUAGCAGUUUAGUAUUGGGUACCUAUUCUAUGCCAGCUCGUAAUUGGACCUUAUAGUUUUCAAUUAUAAAAUUUAAUUAAUAAUUUGUGAUUAUACAAAUUAUGUUAGACAAAUUCUAAAAAAGAAACACUUUAAAUCAUGACAUUAAACAUUGUUUUAAUUGUGUCAACAAUAAAUAUUUACCACAAA